AUGUCUGACCCACCGAAGAAACCAGGUUCGCUGCGCGACCGCAUCGCUGCCUUCGAGAACAAGGGCUCUACGCUCGCUGCAGCUCCACCUCCCAUACCUCGCCCAAAGCCCGCCGGCGGUGUCUCGUGGAAACCCCGCCCACGCUCUCCGCCGUCUUCCCCGCCUCAGAGCGAUGCCGCGGUCGCCCAUGAGAAGCCUGUGGGUACGAUGUCCGCUGCAGACGCGAAGGAGAGCAUCGGCAAGGGCGGCAGCCUCAAAGACCGCAUGGCUGCGCUUCAAGGGCUCUCUGCGUUCGGCGGCGGAGCGCCGUCUCCCCCACCCAAGCCCACCAGCGAGAAGCCCAAGUGGAAGCCGCCUCCCGUCGUGCAUAAGGUCCCGGCAGAAGGCGAUGAUGAGGAGGAAGAACCACCGAAGGCGCAUGCGGAAACUAGUGCUGAGGAGCAUGCUGAGCCGGUUGGAGGAGAAGAGCAUGCGAGUGAGGCGACGGCUGAAGGGGAAGAGGCGCAGGCUGGGCCUGAUCCUGUGGAGGAAGAGAGGCAGCGUCGUGCUGCAAUUGCUGCGCGCAUGGCUCGGCUUGGAGGUGCUAGGGUCGGGAUGUCCCCGCCCGUGUUUGGCAGGAAGCCAGAGGUGAAGAAGGUCGAAACGCACAAGGACGAGGAGGAGAAGCCAGCGGAACAUGCAGCUGCAACGUCUCCCGAAGACGUCGCUGCAUCCCAUCCUACUGAACUUACUGAGGCAGCCGUUGCACAACAGUCAAACACGGACGCGAGUGCAGACUACUUUGACGGUAAAGACACUGGAGGCAAGGAUUCUGCAUCUCUUUUAUCAACAGACUCUGCCUCCUCUGGCGUGCGCUCGUCGCCCAUGCCAGUUCCCGCUGGUCCUCGCCGAGCUGUGCCUCCGAGAAAGCGCGUAGCAAAGUCUCCCGCGCCGCCCGCGCCAGUGCUCGACGAGGUCAUUCACGAGAGUCCUUCCCCGAUUCCAGGCACAACUCCGGAGAUAGCCUCGGCGGAGCCUAGCGAGGGUACUUCUGUUGAGGUGAAGGACCUGGAACCACAUGGCAAUCGUCAGCCUGAGAUCACGCACUCGCAGGUCGCUCUGGUUGAGGCCGAAAUCGCCAAGGCUGAGGAGAAGCACGAAGCUCCUGUCGAGACCCCCAAAGUUCAUCAAGCGAUUGAAGAGGUACCACAGCCGAUCGCGGAGCCGACUGCCAAAGUUUACCAUCCCGAGCCGGUCGAAGUGGAGGAGCGACUCGAAGUUGCAGAAGCGGAGGUUCCUGAGGUUGCCGCUGCAACUGAGGAAGCCCCUGUUCAAGCCGCUGCUGAGGAGUCCGCCGAGGAAACUGAAGAGGACGUGGUCGCUCGCCGCAAGCGCAUCACCGAGCGGUUGGCCAAGUCGGGUGGUGUCACGCCGCUUGGCGGAGCAUCCCCUCUUGCAGCGCCCCCAAUUGUAACGGCCCAGCGACAUGAGAGCCUUAGCCGAAAGAGUACUGAUUCGGACGUCGUCUCACCCCGCAGUCCUAUUCGACGGGCAAGCACCGACUCCACUAAAUCCCACAUCCACCCUGCUAGUCGCGUCGUCGCAGAGCCGCCAACAGUGUCCGAGUCACUUGGUAGGAAGGGUAGCGUCGGUUCCGUCCAUUCGAAUGUCGAACCAGAGGCGCCGGUUAAGAGGUUAUCUCAGGAUGAUCAACGAACUGUGCUUGCUGAACAUAUCCUCAGCGAGGAGCCGCGUGAGGAAGAUGUUGAGCAUGCAUACGGCGGCGACGUUGAAUCCACCCGCGAGGCGGCACAUGAAUUGCAUCUGGAAGACGUCGAAGAGGACGACGAAGGGGAAGAAGCAGAAAGCGACUAUCACGAGACCGAGUCUGAGCAGAUCGCCUACGAUAAGCAUACUAUUUCGGCCGCAGCUGAGAAUGAUGAGCGCCAUGUAGCUCCUUCGCAUGACGACAUUGUCGACGAUCACAGACAGGAAUCACCAGCCGCAGUCCUCCACGACGAGUCUCCGGUUCGUCCACCCCAUAUUGCGAGAGCUCUCCCGCCUCCACCAACGGCGCCUGUCGUAGAGUCUCUGGUACCAGCACCAGCGCCGCCUCCUGUGUUGUCUCCGCGUGUCCCGACGAAGAGACUGUCCGUACCUCCCCCUCCGAGAGUGCCCCCGCCACCGCCGAGAGAAACAUCUACCGAGGAAUUCGAGCCAGUGCUCUCCCCCCCUCCUCCGGUUCGUAGCUCUUCCUUGCAUCGCCUAUCCGUACCGCCACCUCCACGCAUUCCUCCUCCCCCACCACUUAUAACAGAACUUGCGGAAGGGGAGGAAGAAUCGCUUCCACCUCGCAGGAGGGCUUCAUUGCCGCCGGCGCAUCCUGAACGCACGCGGUUCAUCGGAACAGAAACGCCUGCGUCGGAUUCGGAUGAGUUCGUGGACACGGAGUAUCAUCGGAUAUCCACGUACUCGCAGCCGGAAUCAACAUCAAUAUAUGAGGAUGACGAGCAGGAGCGCGAAGCGCAGGAACUCGAGCCAGAGUAUGAAGUAGCCACUGGACCGUACGAAGUUAGCGAGCCCGACGAAAUUGAGGAGGAAGAGGAUGUCACGCCACCACCACCUCCUCGACGAGUUUCGCUCCCGCCACCGCCCCCUGUGAGUCAUCAUCAAGAGGUUGAGUCUGUAGAGGAAGUGGUACUCCCUCCUCCGCCUGUCCCACCACAACGCAAACCUAGCAUCGCGUCUCGUGCAUCUUUGAGUCCCGUGAGGCGAAUGUCGGCAGAGGCACCACCGUCGCCCAGCUCGGUGAAAACGCCGACCCGCCCGCCGCCAGCCGCUCAAGAAAAAGAGAUACUGCACGAAUCUGAUGUCGACCCGAUCGACCCAGCUUUCUACCGUCCACAGAAGCCUACACCCGCUAUGUCUGACACGAUUCGUCCGGACACUGUCUCUGAAGCGGCGACAUCAGGCGUCCAGCGACAGCCCUCUUCUCAGCCUAUGCAAGCACCCCGUCCACCUGCUCCGGCCACUGAUAAAGAGCAGACACCUACCGAAAAGCCGGAGCCAGAGGAAGAAUCUGAACAGACGCGACGUCAUACCAUUGCCGAACGAAUGGCCAAACUGGGAGGGAUCAGAUUUGGAGCUCCUCUUCCACCGCCUGUCCGUCCUCCCCAACUGACGCGACCUACCUCCGAGGAGGUCGAUCACUCUGGAGAGUCGGCAGCAUCUGGAGAACAACCAGAAUCUGAGCAGCCGCCGGAAGAGGAGGACGAAUUUGCACGGAAGCAGCGUAUUGCUGCAAGGAUAGCGGGAAUGGGAGGAAUGCGAUUUGGAAUGCUGCCUACGCCCAUGGCGCCUCCUGCUCCGCAGUCGGCCCGACCUGCUCAGGAGGACGUUGAGGAAGUCAGGGCACCCCCGCCGCCUCACCGCACGUUACCGGUUCCUCCACCCCCGCCUCCGGCGACUCGCGAAGAUGAAGAAGAAUUGGAGAGCGUAAGCAUCACUGACGAAGGUGAACAUAUUGAGCUAGAAGAGAGUGAGGCUGAAGAAGUCACAUAUGCAGACGUUGAGGAAGAAAUUCCUCCUCCUGUUCCUUUCCGAGGAGGUAGACACCCUUCCACGCAAGAAGUGCAGCGCGCGCCGCCUGUGCCUCAGGUAACGCGUCCUCCUGUGCCACAAGUAACCCGCCCUCCUGUACCAUCGGUGCCUUCACCUGCUGCUGCGUCGUCUCCACGAACAAGCAGGGCAAUUCCUGCUCAGUCACCGGCGUCAUUCGGCUAUCCACCCGCCCCGGCUCCUCCGCCUCCCUCGACUCGCCCAUCAGUCCCUAUCCACGAGUCGCACAGCGACUACGUCAUGGUUGAUGAAGCUGAGACUGUUGACAACUAUCCGCACGUACUGCCACCCCGUACUGCUAGCAUGAAGGUGCGUCUUCCUGCACGUUCUGUACCGCCGCCUCCGCCGUUACAACCUCAUCCCAUGGAAUCGGGUGAUUCCCAGUGGGAAAUGCCAAAUGUUCCUCAAGUCGACUUCGGUGCUGAGACCGACUUGUCGCUUUCUGCGCAGUGGUCUGAGGAUUCCACUAGCUAUCCUCCGCCUCCCUCAGCCAAGACGAACGCCUCGAGACCGUCCAGUCAGAUUCCCUCGGGACAUGCUGGGUCGUCUCAUGUAGAACAACAGCUCACAGCAGAUGAUCUCGUGGCACAGUGGGGUCGUGUAGGUGUUCAGAUACACGAAGUUGCAUCCGUGUCGUUCGAGAAGUCGAAGAAAGCAUUGAUUGGUGAUGGCUCUUACGUCGGAUUCGUCACUGCAGUGCUCAGUGAAGUACCCAAUGCUGUCCAGCCUGUCCCUCCCUACGACUCGUUCGGGUAUCUCAUCUAUGCGCAGACGGGCUCGGCUGUGCAGAGGCGUGCGAGUGACCUCCUACCUGGCGACAUCAUCGUUGUGCAUGAUGCGAAGUUCAAGGGGCACAAGGGUCUGCAGACAUAUCACCAGAAUGUUGGCGUGGGUCAGCCGCUUAUCGCCAUCAUCGGGGACUACGAAGUGAAGAAAGCGAAGGUGAAGGUAUUCCAAGCAAAUCAGCAUGUCGGCCAGCAGAGCGUUGAGUCUGCGAGUUACCGUCUGGAGGAUCUCAAGAGUGGUUCCGUUAAGGUGUACCGAGUCCUGGAGAAGUGA